UCAUCUUUCACGCUCCACUGGGCUUAUCAGCAUUUACACAAUAGCCCUAACUGUGCUCCUUGCUCUCUCUCCCUCUUUCUCUCAUGUUAUAACCCACCCCAUCCUGAAGAUCCCGUAUCAUCCUCCCCUUCUAGGCCAAGAAAUAUAUCCACCUGCACCUCCUCUGAAAACAGAAGUAUGUAAUCCUCCAGUCCCGGUAAACCUCACACAUCCCGGCAGUAGUCAUCUACCACCGGAAGCACUUCUCCUAAAGAAAGCAACACACUUCUCAAGAACCCUAAUCUUCCUCAGCUUCCUCAUCCGACAAAAGAUCAUCAUCAGAGGCGGGGCAGCAGUGGAAAGCCCGAAAUAGUAGAGCUAGCAAGAGCAAGGAGACGACCAUAAGGAGGAGGAAUAGGAGGAGACAGUUGUUGGUGUCUCCAGCAUGGACUUGGUACCUACCCCGGAGAGCCCCCACUCCGACCACAGUGGCGGCACCAACGCAAGCCCCCACGCCUCCUCCUCCUCCUCCUCGUCGCCAUCGCCGAGCCGCUACGAGUCUCAGAAGCGGCGAGACUGGAACACCUUCGGCCAGUACCUCAAGAACCACCGCCCGCCGCUGAGCCUCUCGCGGUGCAGCGGCGCCCACGUCCUCGAGUUCCUCCGCUAUCUUGACCAGUUCGGCAAGACCAAAAUUCACACUCAGAUGUGCCCCUUCUUCGGCCACCCCAACCCGCCGGCGCCGUGCCCUUGCCCCCUCCGCCAGGCCUGGGGCAGCCUCGACGCCCUCAUCGGCCGCCUCCGCGCCGCCUACGAGGAGAACGGCGGCCGGCCCGAGUCCAACCCCUUCGGCGCCCGCGCCGUCCGCCUCUACCUCCGCGAAGUCCGCGAGCUCCAGGCCAAGGCCCGCGGCAUCAGCUACGAGAAGAAGAAGCGCAAGAAGCCCCCCCAGGAGCAGCAGCAGCAGAAGCAGCCACCUCCGGCCGCUCCCUAAAUAUAUCAUCUAUUAUCAGCGGAUGAUCCUGAACCUUCCAAGGACCACCGAACUCUCUCUCAGCUAUGCAUGCAUUAGAUCCUUCUCUCCUUGCUUUGGUAGGUGAGACGAAAGCAUAUAUAAUUUAUAUGGUGUGAGCUUCUCUUUCAGGUUGCUAUUAGUUUAUGUUGCUCUUUUCCUGUGUGCUGAUUGAACCUCUCUAAGCAACUUCCCUUUGCUUGC